CAGGCACCGAUGCUCUGUGUCCCCCCCAGCCACCAUGGAGCUUGCUAACAGCAAAGACUUCCAAUGGAAAACCCUGGCCCCGCUCCCGAGCCGCAGGGUCUACUCCACGCUGGUGGAAGCCGGGGGGCAAGUGUUUGCCAUCGGGGGCUGCGAUGACAACGGCGUCCCCAUGGACUGCUUCGAGGUCUACUCCCCCGAGGCCGACCAGUGGACAUCGCUGCCCCCCAUGCCCACGGCCAGGGCCGGGGUGGCCGUGGCCACCUUGGGCAAGAGGAUCAUGGUGAUCGGAGGGGUCGGAGCGAAUCAGCUGCCGGUGAAGAUAGUGGAGAUGUACAACACGGAUGAGGGCAAGUGGAAGAAGAGGAACUCGCUGAGGGAGGCGGCCAUGGGCAUCUCUGUGACGGCAAAAGACUACCGAGUCUAUGCAGCUGGUGGGAUGGGAUCCGACCUGCGGCCACACAACUACCUGCAGCACUAUGACAUGCUGAAGGACAUCUGGGUGUCACUGGCAGCCAUGCCCACACCCAGGUACGCUGCCACGUCCUUCCUGCGAGGCACCAAGAUCUACGUGCUGGGUGGAAGGCAGUCCAAGUACGCCAUCAAUGCCUUCGAGGUCUUUGACACUGAGACCCGGUCGUGGACCAAGUUUCCCAGCAUCCCCAACAAAAGGGCCUUCUCCAGCUUCGUGCCCACUGAAGACAAGCUCUUCAGCCUCGGGGGCCUGCGCCAGGGCCGGCUCUACCGGCAGCCCAAGUUCAUGAGGACCGUGGACAUGUUUGACAUGGAGCAAGGUGGCUGGAUGAAGAUGGAGCGCUCCUCCUACCUGAAGAAGAGGCGAGCAGACUUCGUGGCUGGCUACCUGAAGGGCAGGGUUGUCGUGGCUGGGGGACUCGGAAACCAACCGACCGUCCUGGAGUCCGCGGAAGCCUUCCACCCCGAGAAGAACAAGUGGGAGAGCCUCCCCCCGAUGCCCACCCCGCGCUGCGCCUGCUCCAGCAUCGUGCUCCACAACUGCCUGCUGGCCGUUGGGGGGGUGAGCCAGGGCCUGAGCAGUGCCGUGGAGGCUCUGUGCAUCUCCGACCCCUGAGCACGUCCUGCCCGCAGCAGGACCCUGCCCCUCGCUGCCUCCCGCAGUGGAGGU